AUCCAGACUAUAUUUCGUUUAAGUGGAUUGGACUGCUUUUAAGGCAAUGUAUGGGAGAGACCUUAAAAAACGCAACUGAUGAAACAAUCUUGCACACAAACUCUGUCCAUAACAAUAAACUGACAGAUGGCUGGGAAGCUGCAAGAUGAUUUUAUCUCUGAUAUAUCAUCACGCCUUCGUGACUUGCCCAUCCGCCUACCGAGAAACUUGGGAGAUAAUCUUAUAGGCACUAACAAGGAAAAGUACUUGAUCAACUUGCUACAGAAGGAUCCUGGUGUCUUUCUGGAGCGCUAUGGGAGCGAAUUAAGCCAGGAUGAAAGGCUGAAUUUCCACAGUUUGCGUCUUGAUGACUUUGAAAUUGACUUCUACCUCAAGCAACUGGAGGGUGAAGACAAGGACAAGCAAUGCUUGACCCGAAAUCGAAGGGUCGCUCUCAUGAAUCGCCUAGAAGCACAGGGAGAGUACUUUUCAGAGGAAGCAAUGAAGCAUAGAGCUCCUGACCUGCACAAGCUGCACAUGAGAGACGCGUCAUUCAGUGCUGCUUCUGGGCCACUAGAAGAGGGGGACAUGUUGAGCAGACUCGAGCGGCAGGUCCUUUACCAAGAAGAGCGCUUAGCAGCUCAGGAGGCCUCCAGGCAGAAGCAGCGGCAGGGAUCAGAACAGGAGGAAGAGGAGGAAAGCUCAGAAGAGGAUGAGGGCGGUGGCAGGAUGGCAGAUCAGGGCCAGUCCAUGGGAUCUCAUCAGGAGGAAGCUGAUGAUCUUGAGCAGCAGGAGGAGGCCAGCAGUGCUGACCAUGACAAUGACUUUGAAAUCUUCCUGAGUGAGAUGAAGUCGAGGUUUCUGGCAGGGGGAGACGGCAAGUACAUAGACUAUGCAGCGGUGGAUGCAGACACAAGCCUCGAUGAGGACUGGGCGGCCAUUGCCAAUCAAGACGCCCAAGAGCGCUACUUUGACGCAGACUGACAACACUCCGAACAGCAGUACAAAAUUCUUGUCAUUUACAGAUUGCAAUCAAGAUUAAGGGUUGUAAGUUAUGCAAAAAUC